AUACACUAUAUUGCUAAACGUAUUGGUCCUCGCCCCCCAAAUCAUGUGAUUCAGGUGUUCCAAUCCCCUCCAUGGACACAGGUGUAUACAAUCAAGCCCCUAGGCAUGCAGACUGCUUCUACAAACAUUGGUGAAAGAACGGGUCGCUCUCAGGAGCUCAGUGACUCCAAGCGUGGUCCCGUGAUAGCGUGGUCCCGUGAUAGGUGGCCACCUGGGCAAUAAGUCCAUCCGUGACAUUUCCUGGCUACGAAAUAUUCCACGCUCAACUGUUAGUGGGAUUAUAACAAAGUGGAAGCAACUGGGAACAACAGCCACUCAGCCACCAAGUGGUAGGCCACGUCACAUGACAGGGCGGGGUCAGCGCAUGCUGAAGCGCACAGUGCGCAGAAGUCGCCAACUGUCUGCAGAGUCAAUAGCUAAAGACCUCCAAACUUGGUGUGGCCUUCAGAUGAGCCCAACAACAGGGCAUAGAGAGCUUCAUGGAAUGGGUUUCCAUGGCCGAGCAGCUGCAUCCAAGCCUUCCAUCACCCAGUGCAAUGUAAAGCGUCGGAUGCCGUGGUGUAAAGCACGCCGCCACUGGACUCUAGAGCAGUGGAAACGUGUUCUCUGGAGUGACCAAUCACGCUUUUCUGUCUGGCAAUCCGGUGGAUGUGUCUGGGUUUGGCGGUUGCCAGGAGAACGGUACUUGUCUGACUGCAUUGUGCCAAGUGUAAAG